AUGCUGGGUCCAACCAAAGUAUAUAGAGCGCAGUAUCAGGAGCCCUACUGUUUGAGGGGCAUGUUUGGACUGUCUGAUACAAGGAAUGUAGCUCAUGGUUCUGAUUCAGAAACAUCAGCAGAGAGGGAAAUUAAAUUCUUCUUCCCAGAUUUCUCAUUUUACAAGUGGCAUACCUCUGAUGAAUUGACUUUCCGGAAAGGACCAAUAAUAUUCAACCAUCACAUGUUCCAGCAUGUCCGGAAGCUGUGA